AUGACUACCAAACCGGAAGGCCUCUCAGUGUAUCGGCAGUCGGAGCGAUUUGCAGCUGGGAAUGGCGAUGUUGAGUUGUUAUCGUCGGAUGGUGUCGUGUUCAAGGUCCAUCGGGCCAAUCUAGCCUCGCACUCCGCUGUCUUUCCAGGCCAAGAGAUGGCGACAAACGGAGAGCUCGUUCCUCUGACCGAGAGCUCAGAGGUCCUUGGCAUCAUCCUACAAUACGUUUAUCCAAGUCCUCCAUGCCAACUCGAUGCACUGUCCUUCGGGAUCCUGAUACAAGUAGCUGAGGCAGCGGAAAAGUACCAGAUCUUCGCAGUGAUGGAGAUCUGCCGGGUGCUUCUGGAGAUAAGAGACUACCAAGAGCACCCUCUUGAAGUGCUCGCGUAUGCUUGCAGACAUGGACACACGUUGAUGUGCGACCGGGUCGCCCCUCUGACGCUCGCCGUGGAACCUCGAGAAGCACUGAGGGUGCUCGGUCCUGUUCACUUCGCUCAUUGGAUGCUAUACCGCGAGCAGUGGGUUGCUAUACGCCUUUCGUUACCGACGUACAUGGACCACGAGCUGGAAUAUAUCAAGAAGCACUGGGGCCCCUGUGACCAGAGGUGGGAGCAAUACCAGAAGAUCUGUAAGGAGGCGGCGCUUCGUGGCGACAUCCUUCGCUGCCUGCGAGAGCCCGAUGUCUUCCUCGCCGGUGUAGUGGCCAUCGAUCUUACUGACCACGGCUGCCCGGGCUGCACGGAGUACUGGGACGAGCGGAGAGCUCGUCUCCGCCGUCAAGUGACUCAAGUUCGCGCAUUCAGCGCCAUACUGCCAGUAUAG